CCGGCGCGGGAGGAAGGAAGGAGCUGCGCAUGCGCGGAGCGGAGCGACUGCUAGCGUACCAAAAUGGCGGAGCGCGGCUACAGUUUCUCUCUCACCACUUUCAGUCCUUCUGGUAAACUUGUCCAGAUUGAAUAUGCGUUAGCAGCAGUUGCUGCAGGAGCCCCAUCUGUUGGGAUUAAAGCUGCAAAUGGUGUUGUGUUGGCAACUGAGAAGAAACAGAAAUCUAUUCUCUAUGACGAAAGGAGCGUACACAAAGUAGAAUCAAUUACCAAACACAUAGGCUUGGUGUAUAGUGGCAUGGGACCUGAUUACAGAGUACUUGUGCACAGAGCUCGGAAGCUGGCCCAACAAUAUUACUUGGUUUACCAUGAGCCCAUUCCAACCGCUCAGCUAGUACAGAGGAUUGCUUCUGUGAUGCAGGAGUACACACAGUCUGGUGGCGUACGUCCAUUUGGAGUAUCAUUGCUCAUAUGUGGCUGGAAUGAGGGGCGACCCUAUUUAUUUCAGUCUGAUCCAUCUGGAGCUUACUUUGCUUGGAAAGCAACAGCCAUGGGAAAAAAUUACGUGAAUGGAAAAACUUUUCUUGAAAAAAGAUACAAUGAAGAUUUGGAACUUGAGGAUGCCAUACAUACGGCUAUCUUAACACUAAAGGAAAGCUUUGAAGGGCAAAUGACAGAAGAUAACAUAGAAGUUGGCAUCUGUAAUGAAGCAGGAUUUAGAAGGCUUACUCCAACUGAAGUUAAAGAUUACUUGGCUGCAAUAGCCUAGUAUGAAUCAAGCAAGACUGUAGAUUCACACAAGGAUCUUUUUAAUUUUGGCUACUUAAAUGUUUUUGUUGCAAUUUUUGCAUACUUAUUUCUACAUGGUUUGUCCAAUGGAUUUUUUUAAAUAUCACAGGUGCAAAUGCUGCUGUUCUAAUACUGAUAUAUGAAAACUUCAUACAAGGAAUUAUUUCCCUUGAGAUAUGGAAUCUUUGUACAUGAAACUGUACAAAUUCUAAAGUUAUAAAGAAAACUUAUAGAGGGUACCGAAUAAAAUUUGAAGGGAACAGUUUUAGGGGAAAUGCU